CGAGAGGGGUUGGUCUCUCUCCAUCUCUCUCACCACCUCCACAGCAGAGACUGAAGAGCACACAUAUAGCUCUCUCUCACACACACACAUAUACACAUACACACACAUACACAUACAUACACACACAGUCAGAGACUGGAAGAACCAUGUCAGGACAUGGGAUGGACCAGGAGCUGAGCGGCACACACAUACCUUCCAGGAUAGUGAGGAACCAGCAGGAUGAAGACGGUGUCCGAGAGUAAAACCAUCAGGGAGGGACAGACUGAGGAGUGGGUGACAAAGACAGAUAGACAGACAAAGAUGUGCGACUGAGCUGCUGUUUCACAUCUGUCAGAGAAGUUUGAAGGAGUGCUGCUCUCAUGGCGGGACCGACUACACAAGAGCCGCUGAAGACCCAGCAGAAGUGCAUCGCCAUCUUUGCCCUUCUCUGCUGCUUUGCUGUGCUGAUGGUGCUGAUCUUUUCCUCAGUCAACAUUUGGGGGGACGAUGAGGACGGUAUCACGGAGGAAAACUGUGACAGAGACUGCCACAUCGAGCUUGUGGAGAAUAUUCCAGGUGACCUUUCCUUCCCCAUGGAUGGCACACCCCACCUCCCUCUCUCUGUUGGCUUUCACACACUGUUGGACCAGGCAAAGCGCUCAGUUGAAGUGGUGUCACCUGUCUGGGCCUUAAACUCCUGGGAAUUGGAAACAAUGCCAAGCGCUGUCAAACAGGGUCAGCUUUUGUUCCAGAGACUGCUCAGCUUGAAAUCUCGUGGGGUUAAACUGAAGAUUGCCAGCAGUCUGACUAACUCUACUGAACUGAAGACCUUGGCAGCGCACAAUGCAGAAGUUCAUUUUGUCAAUAUGACAGCUUUUACCAGAGGAGGACUACAUUCCUCAUUCUGGAUAGUGGAUCGGAAGCACAUUUACAUCGGGAGCGCCGAUAUGGAUUGGAGGUCAUUCUCCAAGAGGAAAGAACUGGGAGUGGUGGUGUACAACUGCAGCUGCCUGGCUCUGGACCUCCACCGUGUCUUUUCAUUUUACUGGCAGCUUCAUGAGAGGGACUACAUCCCCUCCAUCUGGUCAAAGAGAGUUACAGCCCUCUACGGGAGGCAUGAUGCCCUGGAGCUGCAACUCAACGCGACCCAGGCCACUGCUUAUGUGUCUACCUCUCCUGAACUCUUCUGCUCUAAAGAUCGCACCAGAGAUGUAGAUGCAAUCUAUCAAGUCAUCCAGAGUGCAAAGACAUUUAUCUUCAUAUCUGUGACGGACUACCUCCCUCUGGUGAACAGGAGUUUCAGAGGAACAUCAGUCACAAGGUACUGGUCGCCUAUCGAUGAGAUGAUCAGAGAGGCGGUGGUACUGAGAGGAAUCAAAGUUCGCUUGCUGAUAAGUUUCUGGAAGAAGACUCACCCCCUCACCUUUAACUUUGUCACCUCGCUCAAGUCGCUUUGCAUGCAGCUGCUCAACUGUUCAUUAGAGGUGAGGUUUUUUAGUCACAAGGAGCAAAAAGAUGAUAUUCAACAUGGACUCAACCACAACAAGUACAUGGUGACUGAUAACGCUGUCUACAUUGGUAACCAUGACUGGGUUGGAAGUGACUUUGCCAUUAAUGCAGGAGUUGGGCUGGUGGUCAAAAUGAAAAAUAACCUUCAAGACAGGGGAGCAACAAUCCUGGACCAUGUCAAGGCUGCUUUUGAAAGAGACUGGAGGUCACGUUACGCUAAGAGUCUGCAAGGAAACAAAGAUCAACAGGGCAAAUACAGAAACCUGCAACCAGCGACAAUUCAUAUGGAGACCAAGGAGGACAACGAGUGGAACAAUCCUUCAUCUUUAUGAGCACAAAAUGUCUCUAUAUCUUAAAGCAUCAUGAGACUGAAUACUCUCGGUUAUACAACACAUUUACACAGUAUGGGAAUGUGAUUUACUCUAUUAGACUCGACUAUACCUUGAUGUUAUUUUAAUAGCUUCAAUUACAGUCAACAAAGACUGCUGAGGAAAUAAUUUGACUUUGCACUUGCAAGUUAAUAGUAUCUAACUACUUAAUGAAUUAUCGACUGUUAUAUGAGCAUGCUAUGAUGCAUGAAUAUUGAAAGCAAUAUUCAAACACAAUAUACUGGGACAAGCAAUAUGCUGAUUAUAAAAUCAAUAUACUCUAUGUGAAACUUUCUUCAAUUCCAGAAACACAUUCCAUCAAACUCGCCACAAGUCACAUUUAGGAUUCAAUGAUGAUGCACUAUUUUUGUUUACAGUUUUAAUAUGUAUUUUAUAAACUUUUUAAGACUUUUGGAUUUGCAUAGAGUUUAGGAUUUUAAUGCUAUAUUUCCUGCAAAUAUGAAUGAAUUCAAUGUCUUCACUGAAACGCACACAGAGCCUCAAGCUGGAGUUAUACAGAUGUGACAACAGCUGUUUACAUCUCAUUGAAAAUGCCCAUCUGUCCUUAUAAAGUGUAUUUUUAUCCUAA